UGUAUGAGGAAGUUGUGUAGAGAGCUCACAGCAGUACAGAUGGAGAGACCCGGGUUCAUGUCGGAGCCGAGCAGUGUGCAGGAAACGGAACCUGAAGGAAUAUCUCAGGAUGCGUGCGGCGAGCUGAAGCAGCUCCGAGAGCUCGUGUAUCAGCAGGCAGUCGCUUUAUCCGAGAUCAAGGUGAAGAUGGUGUACAUGGAGAAAGAGAACACAGAUUUGGAGGCUCGACUGAUGAGUAACAAGAAAGAGAUUGCAAGUCUGAAGAAGGAGAACGCCACUCAGGCAAGCGAGUUGUUGGCCAUGAAGAGCGAACUGGAGAGGAUGAAGAAAGAAAAUGCCGAGCGACCGAAGGUUGCGUUCAGCGCCGGAUUAGCUGCGGGACAGAAAGGACCGUUUAACACUGAAACCACUCUGAUCUACAGUAAAGUCAUCAGCAACAUCGGAGGAGCUUAUAACCCACACACAGGCGUGUUCACAGCUCCGAUUAAAGGCGUGUACUACAUCCGCUUUACGGGUGCUGCGUACAACACCGACAACCACAACAUGGGCAUUAACAUGUACAAAAACAGCCAGCUGCUCUUGCACUUGGGCGAGUCCAACAGAGACGGACAUCUCAGACACGUGUCCAGCGGCCUGGUGCUCGAGCUGGAGGCCGGAGACGUCGUGUACCUCCGCCUCUUCGCCAACUACGCCCUCUACGAUGAUGCGCUCCUCCGCAACACCUUCAGCGGCUUCCUCAUUUUCCCCUCCUAACAAAAACACUGUGUGUGUUACAGCUCUGUGUUUAAAUCUCCAGUGAAAUGAGUUUAUCUGCAUUCUAGUGUGUUUCUGUUGAAUAAUUCAUAUGUUAUGUGUAUGAUCUACACUUCUAGUGUGUGUGCUGUUAUGAAAAGCAAAACGAAACAAACCAAACACGCAAUACUGUUUUGAAAACAGUAAAUGAGACAAGCCAUCUGCUUUUAUGUAUAUUAUUAAAAUAAAUUAUAAAAAUUAUGUAAAAUUAUGAUACUUUUAUAUCAGAAUUCAAAAGCUGUGUCCUAAAGUGUGUUAGUGUCUUUUAAAGUGUUUCAGUGUGUUACAGUGUGUUACAUUAUGCUAGUGUUACAGUGUGUUACAGUGUGUUACAGUUCAUUAGAAUGUGUGUUACAGUGUCUGUUACAAUGUUUUACAGUGUGUUACAGUGUGUUACAGUGUCUGUUACAGUGUGCUUUAGGGUGUGUUACUGUCUUUUAAAGUGUUUUUACUGUGUUUCAGUGUGGGUUAUAGUGUGUUACAUUGUGUGUUACAGUCUUUUGAAAUAUGUUAUUGUCUUUAUAUGUAAUAGUGUGUGUAAGUGUUCUAGUGUGUUAGUGUUUCACAGUGUUUUACAAUGUAAGUGUGUGUUACAGUGUGUUAAAGUGUGUCACAGUGUGUGCUAGUGUGCAGUUUGUUACGUUGUCUGUUUACUGUGCUAAAUGACAGUUUGUUACGGUGUGUGUUUACUGUGCUAAAUGACAGUUUGUUACGGUGUGUGU